UUUUUCUAACUUUGAUCACUGUAUGAUUUGUAGCAAACAGAUAUAUGGAUUUUUGUACACAUUUCAAGUCAGUAUUUUAUUGGCUUUGAAAAGGGCAAGGAUUUUAUCACUAGUCAAAGUGUGCUAUCUAUUGAAAUGUACAACCAAACCUUUCACUAAACAUACGUUUCACAUACAGGUACUCUGGACAGCUCUUCUGGAGAGGAGAUUUGGAGUUGGAAUAUUUAAAUUCCAGUUUGAGGAGAAAGGGCUCGAACAUACACAAAGAUCUGCACAAAAUCCACAAAGAUGUCUGUUCUCCGCUCGAGUAUGGUACAUCACUUCCAGUACCUGCGCAUAAUGGGGGCACGGACGCUGACAUCAGAACAUGUAGGGUUUGCGCCCAUUAGGUGUAAUGAACUCAAGAACCCUGUUCCACCUGCCCUGCUAACUUUCAAUGACCCACAAGCAUUCCAGGCCAAGAGCGGGUGGGAACUAAUACGAGCACUUGGGGUUUUUAGACUCUGCUCUUACCCAAUGCUGGUCAAUGCUGGUGGCAAGCUUAUGUCAUUUACAUGGACUGUCCUGGGCAAACGAGUUUUUGCCAUGGUCCUUCGGCCAUUUGUGUAUGCUCAGUUUGUUGCUGGGGAAACAGAGAGUGAGAUUGCAGCAUCCAUGGAGAAGAUGAACUUGCUAGGACUACGUCCCAUGUUGGCUGUGCCCAUUGAGGAGGAUCUAGGAGAAAGCUCUGGAGAGAAAAGGUAUGAUGACAACUUGGCAGCCAUGUUGGAGUGUGUGCACAUGUCUCACAGCAAUGCCUGGAGCAAAGAUCCCAUGAUGCAGCUGAAGAUGACUGCCUUGGUCAGCCCCGAGUUUUGUGUUAAGCUGACCUCCUUGCUGAAGAAGCAACAUUAUGAUCUUGACCUGUUGGUCAGAGCAAUGGAUGGAGAGGCUGUUACAUUUCCUGGGCUCACUGAAACUGAAAACACACAUUUUCUACUUGGACUCAACAGACUAAACCAAAUUGGAGAGGCAAGUGUUAACAAAGUCAGAGUUCUAGUAGAUGCUGAGUACACGUACAUGAAUCCUACGCUCUCUCUUGUCACCAUGGCCAUGAUGAAGAAGUUCAAUCGAGAUAGUGCCUGGAUCUGGAACACAUACCAGUGCUACCUGAAGGAGUCCAGAGACCUUGUCCUUGAUGCUAUCCGUCUGUCUGUGGACCAGUCCUUCUGCCUUGGGGUUAAACUUGUCCGAGGUGCAUAUAUGGACAAGGAGAGGAAGCUGGCUAACAAGGAAGGACGACCUGACCCCAUUCACCAGUCUUGGAAGCACACAAAUGAUAGCUACAAUGGGUCUCUGGAAGUGAUACUUAACCUGAUUUCGCAGCAACCUGACCGCUACAAGAUCAUUGUAGCAACUCACAAUGAAGAAUCUGUUAGAAAGGCAGUGACAUGGAUGACUGAGUUAGGGAUUGCUCGAGAUGGAGGUUCAGUGUGUUUCGGUCAACUUCUGGGGAUGUGUGAUCAUGUGUCUCUCACUCUGGCUCAGCAGGGUUUCUCAGUGUAUAAGUCUGUGCCUUAUGGCUCAGUGGAUGACACUCUGCCAUAUCUGAUUCGACGGGCUCAGGAGAACCACACUGUGUUGCAAGGGAUCCGUAAAGAGAGAGACCUCCUGAGGCAAGAGCUACGUCGUAGAGUCUGGGAGAAGAUUACUCGAUCCAAAUCGAGAAAGGGAGAAAGAAAAACAACAAAUCAGAAAAGACAAGGGUCUCCACUAUGAAUGUGGUUUAUUGGAAGUUAUGACAGCUACAUGUAGGUGUCUGACAAGUGGGGUACUCUGGUCUACCUAUGGAAAAUUAAAGGGAAUUUAGUUAAACUGCUAGUUUUUGCUUAGGUCUUGGUUUAACUGGGUUGGGUUGAAGUAAAAUCAAGUGAAGUUAUGAUUAAUUGGUAAAAGAAAUAUGUUUAUUCAGAUAAAUACCGUCACCAAGAAAUAUAAUUAUUUUCAACAGAAACACAUAUGCCAUUAUUAUUGGCACCCUUGGAAAUUAUUGUAAACAAUGGAACUGAAGCAUGUUUCCCAUUUGAAGUGUACAGGAUUUUUGAGUUGAUUAGCGUGUGUAGGAACGUUCAAGCUGUAAUCCAUGACUUCCUGAUUAACUGGGGUACAAAUAUGAGGUGACACAGAGGCCAAAUUCCCUUCAUCAGUCAUCAGUGUGGGAAAGAGAAGAGAACACACAAACCAAAUGAUGGAAAAGUGUGUUGACCUUCAUAAGUUAGGGAAUGGUUAUAAAAAAUAGCUACUCACCUGGAAAUGUCCAUUUCUACUGUUAAGGCAAUAAUAAAAACGUGAACACCAACUGGAUCUGUUACAAACUUGCCUGAAAGAGGACCUAAGUUUAUUUUGCCCCCAAGUACAGUGAGGAGGAGGGUAAGGGGGCAAAAAAAAAUUUCCCAAGGCUCACCGUUGGUGAAUUACAAGAAAAAGUCCAAUCUUGGGGUUUCCAAGUCUCCAAAACCACCAUCAAACUCCACCUCCAUGCCAACAGAUUAUUUGGCAGGUUUGCAAAAAAAAAAGUAUUUUCUGUCAGUUAACCACAAACAUAAACACUUGCACUGCAAAAAAAAUGAAAACUGAAU